AUGGGAUGUCGGCAAAGCUCGGAGGAGAAAGAGGCAGCGCGGCGGUCCCGUAGGAUUGACCGCCACCUGCGCUCUGAAAGUCAGCGACAACGAAGAGAGAUCAAGCUCCUUCUCCUGGGUACCAGCAAUUCUGGGAAGAGUACUAUUGUAAAACAAAUGAAAAUCAUUCAUAGUGGUGGCUUUAACUUGGAGGCUUGUAAGGAGUACAAACCUCUGAUUAUCUAUAAUGCAAUUGACUCUCUGACACGUAUCAUUCGGGCUCUAGCCACCCUUAAGAUAGAAUUUCACAAUCCUGACAGAGCAUAUGAUGCUGUGCAGCUUUUUGCUCUGACAGGCCCAGCUGAGAGCAAAGGUGAGAUUACCCCCGAGCUUCUGGGGGUCAUGAAGCGGCUCUGGGCAGACCCUGGGGUGCAGGAGUGUUUUUGCCGCUCCAAUGAGUACCACCUCGAGGAUAAUGCUGCCUACUACUUAAAUGACCUAGAACGGAUUGCAGCACUGGACUACAUCCCUACAGUGGAAGAUAUUCUGCGCUCUCGGGACAUGACCACAGGGAUUGUAGAAAAUAAGUUCACCUUCAAAGAGCUGACUUUCAAAAUGGUGGAUGUGGGUGGACAGAGAUCUGAACGCAAAAAAUGGAUCCACUGUUUCGAGGGGGUUACAGCAAUAAUUUUCUGUGUGGAGCUGAGUGGAUACGACUUGAAGCUGUAUGAAGAUAACCAAACAAGCCGAAUGGCAGAAAGUUUGCGUCUCUUUGAUUCCAUCUGCAACAACAAUUGGUUUAUCAACACUUCCCUCAUCCUUUUUUUGAAUAAGAAAGAUCUGCUGGCAGAAAAAAUUCGACGUAUCCCCUUAACAGUCUGCUUUCCUGAAUACAAAGGCCAAAACACUUACGAGGAGGCAGCAGUCUACAUCCAGCGCCAGUUUGAGGACUUAAAUCGCAACAAGGAGACCAAGGAGAUCUACUCACACUUCACUUGCGCCACUGAUACCAGUAAUAUACAAUUUGUCUUUGAUGCAGUGACAGAUGUAAUCAUUCAGAACAAUCUCAAAUACAUUGGCCUCUGCUAG